AAAAAAAGAGAGAAUAAAAUCUAACCUAGGUAAUGGUGACUGUAGCAGCAACCGAGAGAAAGAAUCAGUUAGGGUUUUCUUUUCUAUUUUGACUAGUUAGUAAGAUUUGCUUAUUAGGUGGUUUUAAAUUAAAUUAAAUAAUCUUUUCAGAUUUGUUUAAUAAAAGGAGAAAGCAAAUCAAAACCUAGUGGGAAUGGGUAUUGUCUUUUGUUCAAUUGGCAAGCAAGAACCCCGGCUUGAGUUACAUGACAUCCUACGUGGCAUCUCGCGUAUGUUUAGGGGACCGACUUGGUUAUUUAAACAAAGUUGAGGUGUAAUGAAAAGAAGAGUGAAGCGAGCGAAUUGAAGGGGAAGGGGGAGCUGUGAGGAGGAUGUGGAGCAAUGCUUUUUCAGUUUCUCUAAAUGUGCUUCUAUGACAAGAAAUUCCAUAUGAGGGAAAUUAAUCUAUCAUUUGUAAAUCCAGUGACUCGGUAGCAUUCGAGAGUGUUGCAAAUAGCAAAUAAAUGAGAAAGAUCCUGAAUUCCUUCCUCUUUCUCAUUUUUCUUUUCUGUAUUGUUUCUUCGCAUCUUGUGCUAAAACACAUCAAUUUAACUGAUUCUGCUGCUUUCUUCACGCCUGAUUCGAAGUUCCUUUCAAUGGGGAUCCUAUUAAUUGGUGGAGUUUAUAGAGUAUGUUAGUUUUUAUUCGCAUAUGUAGCUAAGUGCUCAUGAUGCUUUGAUUUAGCAUUAUCUCUUUCUGUUGUGAACUUGACUGGGUACAUUUUUAGAGCCGCUGAAACUGAUGAAGUUUUCUACUUUUGCUUUAAUUUUCAGAAUUGCAGAAUUUUUCUUGCAAUUUCUUCUUAGUUCUCGCAAGAGUCAAAAGAGCAUCAGCGGCCUUUUAUUUCUUUUUACUCUCCGUGGUUGCUCAAUCAGGGAAGUUUUAUAUCCAGUACUGGUCUUGGUCCUUCAUUCACUUGGCAAUGUCUCUGCGUAGACCUCCACUUCCUCGGCUUCUGCUUAACAAUGUGUCUUGCAUGAGAAAUGCUCAACAAAUUUUGCGGCACGUAAAUGUUUCCCUCCAUGAUGGUGGUGCCCUUGUACUAACAGGCACUAAUGGCUCUGGUAAAUCUACAUUCUUGCGCAUGUUAGCUGGUUUCUCGAAACCAUCAGCUGGUGAGAUACUCUGGAAUGGUCACGACAUCACUGAUUCAGGUGUUUUUCAACAGUACAAACUUCAGCUCAACUGGCUUUCUCUGAAGGACGCUAUCAAAGAGAAGUUCACGGUCCUUGACAAUGUUCAAUGGUUCGAAGUUCUUGAAGGCAAGCAAGGUAGGUCUCUGCCAGCUUUGGAGCUUAUGGGGCUUGGAAGAUUAGUACACGAUAAAGCACGGAUGCUCUCUAUGGGUCAAAGGAAAAGGGUACAGCUGGCCAGAUUGUUGGCAAUUGAUCGUCCUAUUUGGUUGCUUGAUGAACCUUCAGUGGCAUUGGAUGACGAAGGUGUGAAAUUGCUAGAGUAUAUUAUCGCUGAGCACAGAAAAAAGGGCGGUAUCGUCAUUGUCGCCACCCAUUUGCCAAUCGAGAUUGAGGAUGCAAUGUUUUUAAGACUGCCACCACGGUUCCCAAGAAGGAUGACAUUGGUAGACAUGCUCGAUCGAGGUGGCCUCGACUGAUCUUUCAGAAGAUAAGAGUCCAUAUCUAAAGAAAACUGUGCAAUAAAUUCAAAAGCGUGUGUAUGUGCCAAGUUUUCUUGUAGUGGCAUCAAAGUUUGCACUUUUCUUUCAUUCUUGAUGGUUGCAAGAAUUUCUCUAGGACGUAUAUAUUUAAAUGUUUAGGAUUAGCUUCAAUAUCUUUACUUUGUUAGUUCCUCCUCAAUUUACAUUUCAAUUUGCACAUGCCCUCCGGCUUUGGUCUAAUGGUAAGAGCCGCAACACGGGAUGUGUGGAUUAGACGUAUAUCACGAGUUUGAACUUGUCCGAGACAAAAGCUUGAUAUUUAAGCGGCAAAGGACAGAGGGGUGAUUCAUUAUCCGUCCAGUUUCUAACCGUGCGCCGGCUGGCACUCGGGCAUUUCUUGGGUUAUCAAAAAGAUGUGUAGAUAGCACCUUGCAUCAGAUUAUCAGAUGUAGUGCUCUCAUAUACAACAUGUCAAAUAGCUUAAUUGUUUGUAUGCUAGUUGAAGCAGAGAAUUAGUAGAAGAUGCACAGUUAGAUAUCUUAUAAUUAUCUUGACUUA